AUGCUCAUUAACGGCAUAAAAUUUGCUUGUAAUACAUGUGUCAAGGGUCAUCGUUCUUCUAAUUGCAAUCAUAUUGAACGACCACUUUUUGAAAUUCGGAAGAAAGGAAGACCAGUAACACAAUGCUCUCAUUGCAGAGAUUUAAGAAAGACAAAACAAGCGCAUAUGAAAUGUUCUUGUUCUAACAAG